AUGGUGUACGACUGGGAGGGAAAGAGAGAUACCUGCUUCAAUAUGUAUAUCUCUGAGAACAAAGGGUUGGAAGAGAUACAAGCGUUCUACCGCGAGCAGGGUUUCAAUCCCAGCUGCCACAGCAAACGAGCCUUUCAAUGCCGCUUCAAAGAAUGGGGCUUUCCAGCCAAACACCACCCUGCCCAUCGAGGUGAGGAUCUGGCUGCCAGGAUUCGCGAGCUAUGGGAGGUCAACACGUCGAACAAGCAGAUGCUGGCGAUCCUACGCGGUGAGGGAUGGGAUGUCAAAGAGCGCGAGCUCACCAAGCUCCGAAAGGACCACAAUCUACUGCUACGAGAACCCAACCGGAACGGGAACGGAAGUGAAAGGAGGCAGAAGCGCAAGAGAGAUGCGUUGGGGGAGUUGGCUGAUCGGAAUGGGCAAGACGAGCCUGCUGCGUCUCCGGAAGAGCCGCCUCGAACGCCGUCUCCAGGACCAAUUCUGCCACCCGAAGUCAUUGCGAAACGCGAAGCACGGCAAGCCAGACUACUAGCAGAAAGCCAGGAGCGUCUCAAAGCCGGGACUCGACGUCGUCGUACGAAGGUAUGGUCUGGUCUACCGCCAGACCCUGUACAACCUCCUCGAUAUCCGUCAGAGCUGACUAUGGAGGAGAGCAAGAUUGAAUUGGGACUCGACAGGAAUCUGUAUCAUGAAAUGCGGAAUAUCUUUGAGGAUAUCUGCCGAAGCAACAAUGUUAUCAAGAAGACUCUCUGUGGCACGGAGACGUGGAAGACUGUCAAGGAGCAGCUCAUCAGCCAGUUCGAACACUUGCAGCCUAUUUUUUGGGGAACGGAUGCCGCGGAUCUAAACCUGACACAAAAACCCAUGGCGUUAGAUCUGAUAUGCAUGGAUGUGACGAAGAAAAUUCGUACAGUCGGCACCCGAAUCACCAUCACUGAUGCAAAGAACAUACUAGGCGUUACGCCGCAAGAAGGAAGGGAUAUUCGAUCUGCAUUUGACGCCAUCCUCAAGGGCGAUCACUUUGUCAGCAAGCUUGAAGUGCCCAAGGAGCACUGGGAUGCGCUCAAAGAUAAGUGGAUAGCCGAAUCGCCCAGGCUCCAGCAGAUCAUUGCGGGUGGAGAUGCAGACCCGGAUCUGCCGGCAAAGCUGAGGUCUCUCGAGUCUAUUGCCAGUGAUGUGCAGAAGCGUCAUCGUGAUUUUCAGACAAAGAAAGAUCCGACGCGAUUGGCCAAAACUUCAGCAACGUCGUUUCCAGGAAGGGGACCACCUCCACCUUCCACUUCCACCACUCCUGCGAAGAAGACCAAUCCACCACCCGCUAUCAAUCCAGCCGACCAAGCAGCAGAUUCUCCCGUGCAAGCAUUCCUCUCCGGUGCUUUAUCCAAUCAUCCUGUAAACGGCAUCAACCCGGCCUCAUCGUCCGCAAAUGACAUGACAGCCUUCGCAUCCCAAGCUCUCGCCCACGCUCCAUAUAACGACUUCACUGACUUUACCGGCAUGCAAAUUGACCCUACUCUCCUCGAAGCCGCCGGCUCCAUCCCUCAAAAUCUCAGCAGCAAUCAUGCUCAACUUGAGAACGACCCUCCAGUCCGAGUCUUUUUCCGGCCCUCCUCCACCUCGCAGCUCAAAUACCUCAGCUCGGCCCCCAAAGUCUGGCUGGGUGUGCUGCAAGCACCUUACACAGUGAACGGUCUUCGCGCAUUGGCUCUCAAUGGGUCCGGGUUACAGGGGAAGGCAAGAGUGGGGAAGAUUGAGGGCGUGGCAGAGGGAGACAGUGGGUGGGGGAUUGAUGAGGACGAUGAGUUGGAAGCUUAUUUGGGGUUUGUGAAGGGUGGGGGCAAGGUUACUUUUGUAGUUGAGUUUCUGUAA